UCGUUCAUUUAGUUUUCGAUCCUUCAUUAAGUCAGACGUAGAAAGAGCCUCUCUUACUUUUGCAUUUCAAUUUGCACAACCAAUCGUGUUCAUAAAACUUAGAGUUGAAAUUAAUUCAAAUUUCUCAAAUCCAUCAGAUUUUUCGUUAAAUUUUCGAAAUAAUUCUUUCAAUUUAUUAUCAAUUUUUUUUUUUUCAAAUUUCAACUUGGUUACUUUUCAAUCUUGAUUCGAACUUAAAAUGGGAUAUCUAACGGUUAAUGGUUGCUGCUGUUUUGACUUGAAAACUGGUGGCUUGAUAAUUGGAUACAUUGAAUUAACUAUCGCGAUUGCGUUGUUGUUCAUUGAUGCGAUAGAUGUUUGGGUGAAAAUUCUGUAUUGCAUGCUUGUUGGUUGUUGGCUCUAUGGAAUUCACUGGGAAAAAAAGGACUCUUUGUUGCCAAGUAUCAUCGCGUGGUUUAUUCUCCAUAUCCUCUUUACGAUUCUGUUGGUAACCAUCUCGAUCUGUGGAUUGAUUGGCAAAGAAAUACUCAAUUCAGUUGAAUCGCAUACAAAAGUGUCAAUGGGCAAUGAAUUCGCAAAGGCGAGCUUUGAUCCAACAGGUGGCAUGCUGGAUUCAGUCUCAGCACUGGCUGGUGGCAUAUUUUUGGUUGUUUGGGUGAUAUUUGCUAUCAUUGAUUUGGUUGUGUGGGACAUCACUAGAGUCAAGUGUUCUCUAUACUUGGAAAUGACGAAGGAAAAGAAAGAAAGAGCUGCUGCUAUUCGACAAUCGGUCGCAAUCCUAGAUCAUUUCAAUUCGGUAAAAAUAGAGAGCGUUUAACCACUUAAAAUUACCAUUAUUUGAUCAUUUGGAAAAUACACAGUACAUAGGCAUAUUCAAAUAUCAUCCUAUCUAUUUAAGUGAUAUACAUAUUUGCUUAAAAAAAUAAAAAGAAGUAUUUUCUGAAAUAUGCGCAUCAAGCAUACAAUAAUCUUUCGAUGUAUUCAGUUACAAUUUGAAAUAAAAUCAUAACAAUUCUAUAAAUACA